AUGGCCGACGGUCAGAUGCCCUUCUCCUGCCACUACCCCAGCCGCCUGCGCAGGGACCCCUUCCGGGACUCGCCCCUCUCCUCCCGCCUGCUGGACGAUGGCUUUGGCAUGGACCCCUUCCCCGAUGACUUGACUGCCCCCUGGCCCGACUGGGCGAUGCCCCGGCUCUCCUCGGCCUGGCCGGGGUCCCUGCGGCCCGGCACGGUGCCCCGGGUGCCGACCGCCACGGGCAGGUUCGGGGUGCCCGCGGAUGGCAGGAGCCCCCCGCCCUUCCCCGGGGAGCCCUGGAAGGUGUGUGUCAAUGUGCACAGCUUCAAGCCGGAGGAGCUGAUGGUGAAGACCAAGGACAGAUACGUGGAGGUGUCGGGCAAACACGAAGAGAAGCAGCACGAGGGGGGCAUUGUGUCCAAGAACUUCACCAAGAAGAUCCAGCUGCCGGCAGAGGUGGAUCCAGCCACGGUGUUUGCCUCGCUGUCCCCCGAGGGCCUGCUGAUCAUCGAGGCGCCCCAGGUGCCCCCGUACUCCCCGUCCGGGGAGGGCAGCUUCGGCGGCCAGCUUCCUCAUGACGGCCAGGAAGUGCCCUGCACCUGA